AUGGAAGAACAGAGAGGUGAACUGAUUGAAAAGUUGAAGUUAUUGAAGAAUAGACAAGAUAAUGCUGCAAAAUUGAUGAAUGAUGGCCAGGAUGACCUGAAGAACAUUAUUGAAACAAAGAACAAUGUCUAUUACACUAUUCCGAGUGGAAGGUCGGCCUUAAACAAUAAGAGAGAUAAGGUCUUUAGUGUGGAAGUCAGUGAUAGGUUUAAGGCUAAGAAGUUGAGAGAGAAGAGAGAUGAGGUACAGAGCUUGAGAGAUCAGAGACAUGAGGCAGAGAACAUUACUAAGAAGAGAGAUAAAAACAUGCCCUUGGAAGACAAAGAACAUUAUCAAUGUGAGAACAAUGGCCAAUCUGCAAAUGACCAUUUCAAAGGGUCAAACAAUGCCUUUCCUCAAGAUAUUCAGAAUUUCGAAGACAUUUUAAACAAAAACAAUCGAAUUGAGGCGGAGCCAAACAACAAUGAUACUCAUGAUCAAUAUUAUGGUCAAGAGGAAGAUCAGAGUCUAGUCCAUAGAGAGGAUCAGGGUCUAGGCUAUAGUGAGGAUCAGAGCCUACUUCAAGAUCAGCCAAAGUUCUGCGAUUCUAAAGCUCUUCAGAAGUGUGUAAAGCUAAAAGAAGAUCCGUUUACCGCCCUAAACGCUCGUCAUCAAGAAGAUACUUCAAGUACUAUAGUCGACGAUAUGUACCGAGAUUUUGCUUUGGACUACACUAAUGACGAACCAAAGUAUUUGUCGGAUUAUGAUAUUGAUUAUGGCGAUUUGAUACAGAAUCUGAACAGCUCCAAGAAUAGGAUGAAUCAGAUGCUUUCUACUGAUAAAAGAGGUGAUAGGAGGUAUGAUAGAACUGCUGAUGAUAAGUACAGUAAGCUUAGGAAUGAAGAAUAUGGUAGAAGAUACAGUACGCUGAAGCAUGAAGAUUAUGAUAGAAAUUUUGCUGAAAGCUACAGUAAAAUGAAUAACGACUACAGUAAGUCCGAUAUAGAAGCCUACGGUAGAAAAGCAAGCUACAAUAACAUGUCUUCGAAAGCCUGUAUCAGCUCAAGUGAUGCAAUCUACAAUAACCGUAGUAAUACUGAACGAAGCUACAGUAAACUUAAAGAUCAAGCCUUCAACCACCGCAAUCAAAGAAGUUACAGUAAGCCAUCAGACGAAUCUUACAAUAUCCUCAGUGACGAUGACCUCAAGCUAGAGUACAGUAAGCCUUCAAACGACCAAAAAUCAACAAACAUUUUGACGGUAUCAGAUUUGAAAUUUGAAAAUUAUCAAAAAAAGUCAUCGUGCUCUUCAUCACAAGGUAUCUCGUCAAUGUCAUCAAGUUCACCAUCGGUUAAGGAGCAACAUUCACCGUCAUCUGGAGUCUUCACGGACCCAGAAGACCCUCCGAACUCGGAUGGAUUGGAUCCGAUGGUUGUGCUGAGUGCUAUCGAGAAUUUGAGGUGAGGUUAGCUUGAAAUUUUGCGGUUUUUUGAUUUUUUUUUAAAUUUUCGAAAAUUUUUUGGAUUAAAAAAAAUUUUUUUUUAUUUUACUUUGAUUUCCAUACUCAUAUAACUCAAUAUACCUUCAGACCAUACUCAAAAAAGCCCCCAAUCCCACCACCGCGAGGUCUAAGCCGAUGUUCAUCAACCUCAUCAAUCCAAUUCAAUAAACCCUUCAAACCAACUAAGAUUCCACAAAUGUCACGAUCAAUGAUGUCGACUCCAGAAGCCUCAAGACCACCAUGGAGAAUGUCAUCUUCAAUGUUCUCACCAAGCUUCAGAGAAGGAUAUCUGGAUGGAUCACAUGGAUCUUGUGAACAAUUGGCCGAGGUCGAAGGACUGGACACUCCACGGUAGGGAUUUUACGGUUUUUUUGGGGGGGGGGUUUGAAAUUUUUUUAAAAUUAUUUUUUAUGGCUGGAAAAAAAUUCAAAAAAAAAUUUUUUGAAAAUUUAAAAAAUUUUAAUAUUUUACUAUAUAAAAUCACGAUUUCCAGUCAAAUGAUGUCCAAUUCCUCAACCAUCCGCUGCAUUUCUCGUAUCGUUCCUAUGCCACCAGCCAUCAUCUCUCCCUUAUGUACAGUUCGAAUGAACCGUGCCAGAACCGAAUCUCCCCCUCCAAUGCUGCUCGACUCUAUGAUCUCAUCAGGCUACGAUCACAUGACUCAAAGUGUCUAUGCCCCAACAGAAGAAGACCGUCGGAUCGUGGAGGAACGCUGGAACGUUAAGGAAAUGGACAGAUUUAAAAACUCGUUCGGCGGCCGAAUCUUGUGUCCCGAAAGGAAAUUGAGGCUUUUCCCUGCGAAACAAGCUAAGUGCACUGAUUGUAGGCAUUUGACGAUAAGAAGAAGAUCAGGCCGGAUUCAGAAGAAGCAGGUCAGUGUGAGGGAUGGGUGUCAUUGUGAGAAGAAGGCAUGGUUAAUGAAGUUAUGGACUGAGAAGAUUAGGCCAAAGUUGCCCGAGGUUAAGCCGAUGGAUUUGGCUUUUGUACUGGGAUUGGUGUCUUUGUUGGCAUACUUGAUUGAUUGGUUGUUGUUGGCUUGA